UCCGGGAGGAGGAUCGUGGUGUAUUUUUGAAUGCACAAGAUUUUUCUUCUUCGAGUUGGAUCAGAACGUGUCCAUUGGCAUCGGUGGUGCGCGCUAGUUUUGCGUAGACUCUACGACCUGUGGCAUACAGGUACUAAUGAUGGCUAUGGCAGUGAGUUUAUGGACGUUGAUUGUUGCGGUGGCGUCGCUUGCUGCCUCUCAAACGCCGCCUCCGACCAAACCUCACAUCGUGUUUGUCAUGGUGGAUGACUGGGGCUAUGGCGAUGUGGGAUUCCGUAAUCCAGCCAUAAAGAGUCCAAUGUUCGACGACCUGGCGCAGAAAGGAGUGAUUCUGGACCGUCACUACGUAUUCAAGUACUGCUCACCGAGUCGUGGCUCGUUGAUGAGUGGGCGAUUUCCACAUCACGCGCAUCAGUGGAACAUCGUACCACAAACCGUCGAUCUGGGAAUGAAUCUGAACUUCACCAUCAUGCCGGCCAAGCUCAAACAAGCUGGCUACUCGACACACAUGAUAGGUAAAUGGCAUCUAGGAGUGAAGAGCGAAGACUACCUACCCGUGAACCGUGGAUUUGACACAAUGACUGGAUUUCUUACGGGCGGCGAGGAUCACAUCACGCAGAGAGUGCAGUGUGGAACUGACUUCUGGACGAACAAAGCUCCAGAUCCGCGUAAUGGCACGUACGACGCGUACACGUACUGCUCCGUUGUGAACGAGCUGUUCGAGAAGCACAACCCGCAGGACCCGUUCUUCCUGUACCUCUCUCUGCACAACGUACACGCACCGCUGGAAGCCCCGGACGAGUGGCUGAACAAGUACGCGGUGAACUCGACGUGCAAGAGCCGUCGUACCUACCAGGCCAUGGUCAGUAUUGCGGACAAUGUCACUGCGCUGGUCGUGCAGCACCUCAAGGAGAAGAACAUGUGGAACAACACGCUCAUCGUCGUGUCGGCCGACAACGGCGGAGAGCUCUGCAUCGGCAGCAAUCACCCGCUGAAGGGCAGCAAGAAGACGUUCUUCGAGGGCGGCGUGCGGAGCAGCGCGUUUGCCAGCGGCGGGGUUCUGCCCGAGAAGGUGCGCGGCACCAAGCUGCAAGGUUUUAUACACGUUGCUGACUGGUACACGACGUUCUGCCGCAUGGCCGGCGUCGACGCUAACGAUACUGGUCCGGGAAAAUUCCCAGUCGAUGGCAUGGACGUGUGGCCGAUUCUCAGCGGCGACACGAAUCAGACAAGCCACGAUGAGAUCAUUCUCGGCUUUAACUACACUCACUCGAAUCCCGACCAGGGGGCCAUCAUAGUCGGCGAUUACAAACUGAUUGUGGGCAAGCAGCAGGACGGCUGCGACUCGUUGAUGCACUCGCCGCCUGAUUACCCAUGCUCGAAGGGCCCGGCGUUACCAGACUGUGAUCCCUACUGUCUGUACAACAUCAUCGAGGACCCGACGGAAACGACGGACCUCUACACCACUCAGCCAGACAUUGCAAAGAGCUUACUCGCACGGUACAUGAAGUACGCCGACGAGCCUCGCGAUGAGCAAGACCAAGGCUACCACAACCAGCAUACGUUGCCGAACGUUGCAAAGGAGGCGUGUGCGUACUUUGCCGCUCACGGAGGCUACUGGCAGCCAUGGGAGAAGCCAGCACGUCAGUCCUAUUCUGAAAGACUGUAAACGCGGUGCAUGUAGUUCAUAUUGAGUGGAUGGGCCUGCAUUGAUGAAUCUAAUAUAGGCUGCACUGUAUACCAAAAGGCUCUACAGGGGGCAAUGCCUUUUCGUUGACGAUGUACUUCGUGAUUUUCUGUACUACAGUAGUAGAUGUAUAGAUUAUUAAGUGUCAGCGACUGUCCAGGACCCAUGAAUAACGGUCUUCAUUGACCUAGGCCUGUAGAGUGCCAGGUGAUAGUUCUAGCAUGGUGCUUGGCACAACUUCACUUGAAGCACUCUUGCAGAUCGACUCUCUGACUCUCU